UAUGGAGGUCAGUGGAUCUGACGCCAUCCUCCUCCAAUCAGAAACAGGGAAUGUGAACCAGGGACCCCAGCAACACACAGGAUUUGAACCCAGAGCAGAGAGACAGAGUCUGGACACUAAGUGUGACAUGAACAGGGACCUCAAUCUCCUAAGAGGUUCUUUAAACCAGGUGUGGAGAGAGGUAGUAGCGACGGAUGAUGGCGCCUCUGCUGCUCACACUAAAGUAAUGGACCUAGGGAGUGGCUCAGUGGGCCCAGAAACACAGAAUAGCUCAGACAUAGAAAUGAGAAGUGUAGGGUUAGAAAACCACAGGUUUUCCCCCAAGUCGUUCCAUUCUUCAUCAGAAAAUGUGAUAGUGAUUGACUCUGUAUCCAGUGGGCAGCAGGUAGAUAGAGAUUUAGAGUGGGGUCAGGUGGGUACAUCUACUACACCACAGGUCAAUGGGACUGGAAAUAGGCAGGGAGUGGGAGUGUUUGAGAGGAACGCACCAAUGAUUCGCCCCGUUCACCCCGAAUCGAUGAGAGACAACACUAUGCAAUUGGUUUCACCCGGAUUCCGGCCCUCAGAGAUAAAUACAGGCAUGCAUCUUGACACAGGAAAUGCAGGUGAGGCCAACAAAGCUAGUUGGUGUUCGUUGGCAAGCUUCCAUAGACACUCUGGAAUACCAGGAAGAGGAGCUCAACAAUCAGCUCAUGCCUCACUUCCUUUCUGCCAUUUUAGACCAAGCACCACAACUUCCUGUCACUCAAAUAAUCUUGCCACAGACAUUACACCUGGCACCAUAGAACGACCGUAUGGUUGCCCAACAUGCCAUAAGAAGUUUGUCCACGAGAGUGACUUGCGGCGGCAUGUGGCCAUCCACACCAGAAAGCGAUCAUUCUCCUGCACCUUGUGUGAGAAGAGCUUUGUGUGCGCCAGCCAUCUCCAAAUGCACCUGAACGUCCACACUGGGGAGAAGCCCUUCAGUUGUGCACAGUGCGGGCGCAGGUUCUCCCACUCCAGCAAUCUGAAAAGACAUCAGAAGCUUCAUCAUUGAGACAAAGGCUGUGACCGUCAUGGAGUUUUGGAUGGUGCAGUCAGCAGAGACAGAGGAAGGGCAACCAGACCUGCUGAUCAUCAAGGUGGAGGGAGAAGCAGAUGACCAGGACUCUAGGAUCAGCCACCCAGCUAGAACAGUGGAGGGCAGCAGAGAACUAACCACCCAACCGGCUGCAGCCACCACAGAGGACUCCGCCUUCCAGUCCAGUGGCCCCAGAGGCAACAACAACUUCAACAACACCGCUUUGGAGGUCAGUGGAUCUGAUGUCGUCCUCCUCCAAUCAGAGACAGGGAAUGUGAACCAGGGACGUCAGCAGCACACAGGAUUUAAACCCAGAGCAGAGAGACAGAGUCUGGACACAAAGUGUGACAUGAACGGGGACCUCAAUCUCCUAAGAGAUUCUUUAAACCAGGUGUGGAGAGAGGCAGUAGCGACUAACGAUGGCACCUCUGCUGCUCACACUAAAGUAAUGGACCUAGGGAGUGGCUCAGUGGGCCUAGAAACACAGAAUAGCUCAGACAUAGAAAUGAGAAGUGUAGGGUUAGAAAACCACAGGUUUUCCCCCAAGUCAUUCCAUUCAUCAUCAGAACAUGUGAUAGUGAUUGACUCUGUAUCCAGUGGGCAGCAGGUAGAUAGAGAUUUUGAGUGGGGUCAGGUGGGUACAGCUACUAAACCACAUAUCAAUGGGACUGGAAAUAGGCAGGGAGUGGGAGUGUUUGAGGGGAAUGCACCAACGAUUCGCCCCUUCACCCCUGAUUCGAUGAGAGACACUAUGCAAUUGGUUUCACCCAGCUUCCGGCACACAGAGAAAAAUACAGGCAUGCAUUUUGGCACAGGAAAUGCAAGUGAGGCCAACAAAUUUAGUUGGCACUCGUUGGCAAGCCUCUAUAGACACUCUGAAAUACCAGGAAGAGGAACUCAAGAACCAGCUCAUUCCUCACUUCCUGUUGGCCAUUUUAGACUAAGCGCAUCAACUUCCUCUCACUCCAGUAAUCUCGCCACAGAUGUUUCACCUGGCACCGUAGAACGACCGUACGGUUGCCCAAGCUGCCAUAAGACGUUUGUCCACAAGAGCGACUUGCAGCAGCACAUGGUCAUCCACACCAGAAAGCGGGGAUACGCCUGCACCUUGUGCGAGAAGAGCUUUGUGUCCCCUAGCAAGCUCCAAGUGCACCAGAACGUCCACACUGGGGAGAAGCCCUUCAGUUGUGCACAGUGCGGGCGCAGGUUCUCCCACUCUGGCAAUCUGAAAAGACAUCAGAAGCUUCAUCAUUGAGAACUGACGUGGAACAAGAGAUUCCUAUUGAAAAAAGCUGUUAUAGCAAUAUCAUGAGUUCAAACGUCAUUGGUUCUAACGUAGUCGUAUGUCUGCAGGAUGUUUGCCCUGGUCUCAUACGUCUACAAUACAACGUGGUUCAUAUUUACAUUAUCUACAAAGACUGUUACAUUUUCUUGGCUUCUUUAAGGCCAACAGCAUCACUCACAUUGACUAUUAAGGUUGAUCAUGGUUGUGUUCUUCUAACACUAAAGUUAUAGCAGAUACUGAAAUUCUACUGUGAGACUGAAAAAGUUGUUUUUCUGUAACAAUUUGACCAAUGGCUGUUGCUGUUUAUUCAUUCCUAUAAUUCCAUCAAUAAAUAAUAUUUUUCAAAUAA